UUGCCCCCUACUGACACGGCCACGGUGCCACCCACCCUGACGUCGUCCCUGCCAGGCAGCGAGAUUCCCACUAAUACCACCGAUGUAACCACCAGUACAACCGCCGAUAUAACCGCGUCUGAGUCCUCUGCCCCGCCUGUCACCAACUCGACCAUGCCUGCUGAAACGUCGAGUGUCCCCGUUGCCACGUCCAGCCUUCCCGCCACAAGCGUGACCACGGGCGAUGCUACUGUGUCGGUGAACAGCACCACUGUUCCCGAGACCUCCACUGAAGUCCCCCCCACCAGCACGUUACCGACCAGCACGUUGCCGCUCACUACUCACUCUACUCCCCCGCCCAAGACGACUACAACAGCGGCUCCGACAUUCACCAGUAUUCCCGCCACGGCCACCAUCACCGACUCUGAAUCGUGGCUUCCGUCCACCAUUAUCAUUCAGCCCUCAUCGAUGAAGGUCAGCACUGGUGGACUUGCUCCAACCUCCUCGCCGACGGGCAUUCCCAGCGGACUACCUAGAGCCAUCACUCCGUAUGAUACUGUCCCAGAGCAACCCCCCAACACCACGCUGGCGCAGAUCUCGUUCCUCUACGGCAUGAAUUAUGCUUGGCUCGUACAGCAGCCUAUGGCUGCUGCCCAGCUCUUCUCGCUGCUUCCUCAGGCUCUUGGCUUCGGACAAGGGUUCGAUCCCUCUGAGGCUGUUAUGCUCAGGAUUGUUCCGUAUGACACCACUUCGCAGUUAGGUUACAUCACGUCGCAGGCCCUCAUCUAUGUUCCCACCCUGGCAUUUGACACGCUGAGGUUGGAUUACAAAAUUCCUUCGGCGCGACUGUACCAGAAUCCUGCGCCAUUGAUUUCCAACAUGACAAGCCAAAUCAAUCCUGCCAUCGACAUUAUCCCUGGUUCUGGAUUGGGAGAUGUAGGUACUGUCUCGACAGACCCAUCGAACCCAACGUCGACGGGCAACAGCAACAACGAUGCGUUUGGAACGGGCGACACAUCUGGUGACCAGACGGCUUCCCAAAAGGGGACGACGGCUGCUAUUGCCGUGGGAGCUGCCUCCCUUGCUGGUGCUUACGGCGCGGCCAUGUUCAUCAUUGCCCGCCGAUACAAGCGCAAGAAGCAGAGACAUCAACGGUCCAGUUCGGUUGCUUCUCCCUCGGAGAUGCGCCAGAGGGGCAGUCCGGCCAUGAUGGGUGGUGCGCUCCUCAGCCGCGACUUCACGGCAGGUAGUUACGGAGGUGUCGCGCCCAACACGCGCCACAGCCAGGGCAGCGGAAGGAGUGGCAUGAACAACUCGGGCCGCACCGCCUUCAUUUCGGCGCCAGUUGCAGCUGAGAAUUCUCUCGGCUGGAACUGA